CGUCCUCCGCUGAAGUAUCGCGAGAUUUCCGGAGACUUUCUGGUUGUUUGAGAUCCGCCGCUCAACAGCUGUCAAGAAGUUUACACGGAGGUGAAAUGGCUAAAGUAGAGUUAACGCCGCUCAGACCGUGGGAUGAUUUCUUCCCUGGAUCUGAACGAUUUGCCAAACCAGAUAUCCGCGAUUUACAGAAAUGGAACAACAGAGUUGUCAGUAACCUGCUUUACUACCAGACUAAUUACAUGUUGAUGGCUGUGGUCGUGUUUCUCAUAGUUGGGUUUAUGAACCCCACUGGCAUGGUGACCGGAGCUGCAGUAGUCGUAGCAGUGUUCCUCGGCGCUGUGUGGGCUGGAGAUAACAAAGCUGUGAUCAAGAACUUUAAGAAGGACAACCCUACGCUGUUUGUCUUUUUAGUGAUGUUUGUCAGCUACCUCCUUAUGUCUCUCUUCGGCGGAGUCAUGGUGUUAAUUUUGGGGGUUAAACUCCCGCUGAUGUUGAUCUUUGCUCAUGCAUCUCUUCGUCUGCGUAACAUGAAGAACAAGCUGGAGAAUAAGAUGGAGAGUGCGGGGCUGAAAAAGUCACCCAUGGGCAUUCUACUGGAAGCACUUGGCCAACAGGAAGAGAAUUUAAGCAAGAUUCAAGACUUUCUGGAGAGCAAGCUCAAGGAAUGAUGGCGACUCUUCCUUGUUUUCAGUCUGCAGGAUCAGGAUCUGGGUGUACGGAUGAAUGUAUCUGCGAAAGAUGUAUGAGAGUGCGCUUAACUGUGUGACCUAAUGAGAUCAUACGUAUUACAAAGCACAAUUUUUCUAUGAAUUUAUAUGUUCUUGUUUUGUGAAGGUUUUUUUAAAGAACCAAAGAUUAUGAGAACUGUUGUGAUGGGAAAGGAACAUUGCGGGAUGUGACGGUAACGUAAUGAUGAGUAUUGUUGAUGAGGAAACAGGCUCAAGUUCCAGGCUCAAGUUCCAUUAGCAUGACUGGAAGGCCCACUUCUCAUCCUUGGUAGAUUUCUAGGAGUUAUUUAAUCUAUGAGAAACCAAAGUCUGCUGGUAUUAUUUUGCUCAUUUUCAGUAACUUCUCUGUAUUUGAAAGAAUCUCAUUUAACUUGAACAAGCAUAAACAGCAGGAUGUCUUGCUUCAAGAGGAAAUAGUGCAAAGAAUCAUUUACACUGUGAAAGUCCAAAGCGUUUGUAUUUCUGUUUGCCUGUUAGCUAUCACUCAAAAAUAUCAAAUUGUUUAGUAUUGAUAA